AUGGUGAUUCCCUCUAAUAAUGGAGCAAAUGCUGAGGAGUCUACAAGCUCUGCCAAUGGAGUAACUGGAGCCCAAAAUUGUUUUGGGAUUGACAACAAUCAUCCACUAUUUCUGAAUCCCUCAGAUAUAAGUGGCUUGCAGAUUAUUUCCUUUCAACUCACUGGAAUUGAAAACUUUUCAAUGUGGUUUACAUCUAUGAGAUUAUCAUUUUUAGGAAGGAACAAGUUAGGAAUGGUAGAUGGUUCUUGUUUUAAAGAUAAAUCUCCUCCUGAAAUGGGGAACCACUGGGAAAGAGUAAAUGCAAUUGUUCUGUCCUGGAUCAUGAGUGUUGUAGCUAAACGUCUACUUGGAGGAAUUAUGUAUGCUACCAGUGCACAGGUUGUAUGGAGUGAUCUUUGUAAGAGGUUCAACAAGGUGGAUGGCUCAAGAACCUUCAAUCUUCAUAAAGAAAUCGCUACCUUAACUCAAGUAACACCUUCAGUAUCUCUCUAUUAUUCUAGAUUGAAAGAUUUGUGGGAAGAGUUUGAGGCAUUAGUACCUAUCCCAGGAUUCAGUUGUGAGACUUCAAAAGACUAUGUGGCUCAUCUUCAAAAACCUAAGUCGUUUCAGUUCUUGAUGGGUUCAAAUGAAUCGUAUGGACAGGAAAGAAGUCAAAUCUUGUUAAUGAAUCCUCUCCCAAACAUUAACCAAGAAUAUGCUAUGGUGAUCAGUGAUAAGAGUCAAAAGUUUGUAGGAGCUACUGCUGGUAUUCUUGGGUCUAAUCCUACAUCAACUGGAUAUAAGUCAGCUAUCUUCUCAAGAGGAAAUGAUCCUUAUUCUAGAUAA